GCUUAAGACAACUCUCACCUGUUCAUUCCCAACCAAGGUGUGACAAGACAGGCAGCUCAUUCCGCAUUUUCCCCAAUAUAACACCCCCACGUACCAUUUUCUGUGCCCCUUGCCCCUCCCAGUGGUGUAGAAGAUGGGAGUAAGGCACAGACUGUUCUUUUCCUGGCAGACUCUCGCCAUUCUCCCGCACAGAUUGCCUAUAGGUGUGGCAGGGCAGAGGAGGAGUGUGGCAAGCAAGAUGUCCGAAGCCAAGCUGGUGAUCGAGGCGCCAGAGAGGAACAAGGAACCUAUCACUCUCGUUCUGCAAGAUGUCCUGUCUGAGAAAUUUGGGGCCGACUCAUCCCUGAAGGCCCUAGAGGUGGCGUCAGGGACCGGCCAGCAUGUGGUUCACCUCGGCCAGCGCCUCCCUAAGGUAUCAUGGCAGCCAUCGGAUAUGGAGGAGAAGUACUUGGCCAGCAUCAGUGCGUACGUCAAGGAGUCUGGGGCGAAGAACGUGCUGGACCCUCUGAUGAUUGAUGUUUGUAAGCCGGUGAGUGAGUGGCCAGGCAAGUUCUCGGCAGCCUCUCUCGAUUUGAUCCUGAAUAUUAAUAUGGUACACAUCAGCCCCUGGCCCUGCACUGAGGCUCUCUUCAGGGCAGCUGGCCACCUCCUUAGACCCAAGGGCAUUAUGGUCACCUACGGACCCUAUGCCAUCCACGGGGAGAUCACGCCGGAGACUAAUGUGGCCUUCAAUGAGUCGCUGAAGAGCCAGAACGCCGAGUGGGGUCUGCGGGACAUAGACGACCUGGAGAAGGAAGCCAAGAAGAACAGCAUGACCUUUGACGCAAUGUUCAAUAUGCCUUCUAACAACAAGAUCCUGAUAUGGCAGAAGGCCGAGACCGAGAGCGAGUAAAGCAGGUCGCCAGGUCGGGAGGUCAGAGGUCAGGUCAUCCUUCCCCUGUGGCUUGUGCGUUCACCAAAGAGAGCUUAGCACUUUAUGUUAAUUUUGGCACCUAGCACAAGAUUAAAAUAAGGAGGAGUGGAUUGCAUUAAAGAGAUGGAAAGAAUUAAUUAUUUACUCAGUGGUUUGGACGCAUUGUAGAAAGAGAAGACUAGGAAAUUAUUAAAAUAGCCUUGAGAAGAUUGGCAGAAGGGAAACAGAGAGAGAUGCAAGCAGGGAAUUGUGGGAGGGCUGCUAAUUAGUUAACGAGGAAGAUGCAAGAUAAUUUGUGUGCCCAGCUUCUCUCUCUCUCUCUCUCUCUCUCUUUCUUUUUUUCUCUCUUUCUCUCUCUCUCUAAGGAAACAGUUAAAUGAGAAGGAUAGGUUGGCUGGGAAGUGACAGGUGAGAGUGAUUUGGUAGCUUGUGUUAGGUUAGGUGUUUUUUUUUUUUGUUUUUUUCUGUUUUUGUUUUGUUUUUAUUUAUUUAUUUUUUUUUUUUUUUUAGGCUAUCUCUUUUGUGUUUUUUUUUUCCUUUUUUUUCGUGGUUUGUUUGUUUCUUUCUUUCUGUAUUUUUUUUUUUUUUUCUUUAUUUUUAGUUUUUUUUUUUUCUCAUCUCUUCCUUAUUUUCUUCUCUUUCCUUUUUUUUUUUCUCUAACUCUUAUCUUUCUGUUUCUCUCUCUCUCUCUCUCUCUCUCUCUCUCUCUCUCUCUCUCUCUCUCUCUCUCUCUCUCUCUCUCUCUCUCUCUCUCUCUCUCUCUCUCUCUCUCUCUCUCUCUCUCUCUCUCUUUAAUUUAUCACAUCAAAAAUUUCACUUUUCAUGCCGUCCAUGACUAUAGCAUUCCAAUAAGAUUCAUUAUAACGCAUUUACUUUGGCAAUCAGCUGGUGGUGAGAGACUUAAGGAUUGGCAAGCUGGUGACACUGGAAUCUAGGCUGGAGAAUGCUUGAGGCCCUUGAAGUAGUCGUUUUCAAGAGAGGCUAUGUUCUUUUAAGUAUUUCGACAGGCUGUAGUGGAAGUUAUUGGGGUUUUCAAGGGUUUUAAGGAUGGUAAUGAUAGUUUAAAAGGAUCUAGGAUAUAAGUGAAGUUACUGGGGAUUAAAAGCACAUUUUCAUUAUUCUAGUGCUUGUUACAGACUCAAAUGAAAAACAAUAUCAGGUUUUCAAAUUACCAGGAGCAUUUUCGUGAUUCAGGUGACAGACUUAAAGGUUUCUGUAGAAGUUAACUAGAGUUUUUUAAGGGUGUUUUCAUGAUCCCAACGAAAGAUUUCAGUGUUGCAGUAGAAGUUAUAGGAACAUUCAAGGGACGAUCCUAUUAAAGUGAUAGCAAAACGAAAAUUUCACGCCAUUGGUAGAAAAACACCCAUGAGAACCCAAAAAUAAUAAUGUUUAAUGAGAGCUUUACAGAAUAUAAGCCUGUGCUGUGUGUGUUAAGUGCUGGUGUGUUUUCCUUAUGUCAAGCAGUGUUGGAAGUGUUGGUACGUGUGGAUUGAGUGUGUUUAAUGCCUUGUCAGGAGAAUCACAGCCUCACUGAGCAUUAUAUCAAUGUUCUGCCUUGUAGCUUUGUUGAGUAGAGUGUGUUUUGUAUCCUGGGUGUGUUUAGAGUGAUGCUGUUGUGUGAUUUGCGUCAAUAAGGUGUUUGUAAAGUUAAAGGUUUAAUUGGCUGGAAAAUUAGAAUGGCAGUUUAUUUAUUUAUUUAUUCUUUUUUUUUUUAGAUUGGAAAAUAUCUGAGAAAUUAUUGCCCCCCCAAAAAGUUUAUUAUAUUGUGAAAAAAAAAAAUAAUAGCAAUAAAUGGAGGAAUAAAUAAAGUUUGAAAUGCGAAUCAAAAAAAAAUAAUAAUAAUAUAUUCAUAAUAAUAAUAAUCCAUAAUAACAAUAAGUGAAGGAAUAUGUGAAGUUUUGAAGUGAGCAUGUGUAUAAUGGUAGCUUUUGUGUCCUCCCUUCACCUCGCACCCUGAAAAAUACUAUCACAAUACAGUUUUCAGCUUCCAGUAAGGUGUGCAUGCAUUACCGGGUUGUGAUCACUUAAGUAGUGCUCCAGAAAUUAAAAGAAAAAAAAAAAAAAACCGCCCAGCAUAGAAUUUUAAAACGUGCAGAGCUUUGAUUGGUGGAUAAAACGAAGGGAUUAAAAGAUGAGGGAAAGGGUUGAUGUGGAGGUUGUGAUCAGUUGAAAGGGUCAGUGUAAUGUGUAGAUUUUUGUAAAGUUUAUAGUUUGGAUUAUAUAAUUGGUAGGGAGAUGAGAAGAUAAAAGAUGCGAUAGGGAAAUGAGAUGAAUAAGAUAAAGGUGAGGGGUGGAAGAUGAGGUUCAUAGAUAAGGAAAUGAAAGGAAAAGAUUCGAUAAAUUGAUAAAAUAAGGAAAGAAAUUAGAUAAUGACAAAAAAAUAUAUGUUCAUCAGAUAAAAUAAAUAGAUAAGAAACUAGAUGAUGAAAAAGAAGAUUGAUAAGGAAGUGAAAUUAAGAAAAAUUGAAGUUAAGAUAAGAUGAAGCUCGAGAGAAAACUAACAAAAAGAUAAAGGAAAAUAAGAAUGUUGAAUGAGGUAACGAUGAAAGAUGUCUACUGCAUGAAUGAAUAUAUUAGAAUUAACUGAUAAAAAAAAAAAAAAAAAAGAUGCAUAAGAGAAGAAUAGAUGAUAAAAAUGUUGUCAUUGUGAAAUUAAAAGAUUUGGAAAGUUUUGUUGUACUGUGUUGAUAGAAAUGGUUUUCAUAAUUCCAAGACGUUAAAUUUUGAAGAGUUUGACUAUAUGUGGUAGAGAUUAAGAUGGAAAGUUAUUUUUGAGGUUUAACUUUGUAAUGAUUUAGAGAUUUUUUAACUUAAUAUUCAGGGAGUGUUUUUGGUGUACAAGAAUAGAUUAAAGUGUAUGAAAAUUUUGACUUUGAAAUUGAAAAAAGUUUUUUUUUUUUUUUUUUUUUUUUUUUAUAAGAAUAGAUAAAACAUUAUUAUUUUGAAAUUUAACUUAAUAUUCAGGGAGUGUUUUUGGCAUAAAUAGAUAAAAAAUAUAUAUUAGUUUUGAGACCACUAAAAAUUUGGAAGUGCUUUGUCUUGUGAAGUAUAGAUAAAGAGUUUAGAAUUAUUUUGAUAUUUAGCUUACAUUUUUUAUAAGUAUUGUGCUGCUCUAAGUAUAGAAUAAAUACAUAUGUAGUAAUUUUCAUCUUAAACCUUAAAUAAAGUGUUCCUACUGUAUACGAAAGAAAAAAAAAAAUAGUAUGCUGUAUUUUUCUAUUAGCAAUAUAAAUUUAUACAGAUUUUUAAAAAGGUUAUGGAAGAAGAUAGAGUAAAAAAAUGAGUGUUUGAUUUAUUUAUUUAUUUUUAUUUAUUUAAUUAAAAAAAUAUAUAUACAUUUGAUUUAUUGAUUUGUUUAUUUAUUUAUUUAUUUUUUAUUUUUUCCUGACCAAUACACUGUGAUAGGCAAACCGGUGCUGGAGGAGAUAGUCAACCAGUAUAUAUUUUCCUGAUUCAUAUAUUUUGACUGUACUAACAGCUUCUGCAUAAUAAAGAAAUAAUAAUGCUGGC